ACAAAAUGGCCACUGAAGAGAAGAGAGAAGAAGAAGAACAGCAAACGACGAAGCUGCCAUCACCAGCUGAAUUGAAGGGAAAGGUAGAAGAACAGUAUCGGAAGAUCAGAGAACACGCAGAGACUUACCCUUACGUUUGGGCUUCUUACAUCUUCGUCUAUGGUGGACUCGCCUUAUGGACCACUUAUAGAUGGAGAAAGCUUCGGAAGACUGAGGAUAGGGUUCGAGCCCUCCAAGAGAGACUCCGAAAGCUCGUUGAAGCCGAAGAAUCUGCAAACUCAGCGGCUCCAUCGAUCGAUAGAGCAACGCCUGAUAAACCCUUCAAGAAAUGACCAAUUUGGAUUUGUGAGGAUGAGAUGUUGAAGUUAUUCGAAAUGCGAGAAGAAUUUGUGAAAUGGGUAGGACCCAAUUACGGUUCACACACAACCCCCUCCCCCCCUUUCUUUUUUUUGUUCUUUUUACAAUUUUGUUUUUUCUCCUCCUUCAUUGAAUUGAGGAGGUCGAAAAGUUGUAGCAGUUCUAAUGUUUGUAUUCUGUGAUCAUGUUCUUCGCAUAGUAUAGUGAAAUUUUAAUAAACAACAUAACUUCAAAUUAAA